CUCAGCCAGUGUGUCGGUGCAAGCAGCGCAUAUCAAACUGCGCGAUAGAGUCCACGUAGCCUUCUUCCACAUGGCAUGAGCCACGGUUUGCCUGCUCCCGGAGCCGUCUUUGGGUGCGAGCGGUAACGCGAGACGCCUUCCUGGUUCACCAAGUGCAGAAGCCAUGGUUGUUGGUCUUGAAGCUGUGGCUGUGGCUGUUGGGGUUGGGGCUGGAGCUGGAGCCGGGGUUGUCGGCGGCCAAGAGUCGCUGUCGCAAUGCCGCCAGAUGUUUUCCCGUACACUGUCACAUAUGGCUGGCAAGGACAAUUUGAAGGAUGGUCAAGGACACCGAGCGCAGGCAGGAGCAGAGCUUUUGCGGCAUGGCUGGGUUUGCACUACUUGCCCCAACGACAAAUUUGCCAUGGUGAUGCCCAGCAACAAAGAAUGCGUCAUGCGCAUUCUGGACAUGGAUAUUUUUGCGAAGAACCAACAAUUGAAGAGUCAGAUGGAACAGAAUCUUCGGUUUGCAUUGGCGCUUCAGCCUGGACAAGCGGACUUGAUGAAGCAAACAAUUGCAACCGACUUGGCAUCGCACAAACAGUUCUUUUCCAUCAUGAUGCUUUUCUUUGCAAGAGCAUUGCCUGGCAGUACAUGUGAAGAUUCACCAUUUGCUUCCGAGACCAUUGAGGAGGUGUCUGCACGUGUUGCAGCAUUCGGAUGUGAAUACAAGCAUGCUGCCAGGAAGUUGGAAGACUUCGGCAUUGAUGGAUCAUACUUGGCAGAAGAGGGCUUGUCGGAAGCGGAGCUUGAGCAAGACUUCGAAGUUGUUUCGCGGUUGCAGCGAAAGCGGCUUUUGCAGCACUUUGCCAAGUACAAGCCGCUACAGAAACACUUCAUCGCGAUUGGCUUCGUCGCCUCCUGUGCCAACUUCGAGUAUGCAGGUAGGGGGCUGUUCACCAGGGCCUUGUCGCAUGAAGAAAUCAAUUUGGCGGCAAGCACAAUGAUGGCCUACAGAAGCGCUGCCUCUUUGCUGUCUGAGCCGUCCUGCCCGGACUCCAAGCCAUGCCAUCUUCAAUUGGCCGAGAUCUCACAGCUAGCACAAGGUUCUCAGACUGGCUCGUGGGAACAAGUUUCUGCCAUUGACAGCAAGGACCUCAUGCCGCCUGCCAAGUGCUUCUUGCCGGACUAUGCCUUCCGCGGUGCGGAAGGGCAACUGCUGCUGUCCCAGCUCCUCAAGGGUGGGGAUAUCCUGAGAUCGGAGGACAAGGACACCCCGCUAGUCAAAGUGUCAGAGGUGGUGGAGUACGAGGCGACCGGAGCGGGCCACGAUGUUGUGAAGUUGAGCACCGCCCAGGGCACUUUCGCCGUGUCAGCGUCACACCGCGUGGUCAUUCCCGGCGGCAGCAGCAUUCCGGCGGCAGACCUGAAGAAGGGGGACGUGGUUCUUGUCGGUGCCAAGGAGCAGAAACUUUUGGUCGUCGCCCCUCAGAAGGUGAAGUCCAGCAUUUAUGGCAUCAAGUUCGAGCCGGAUCUGCCGAUUCAGGCCUUCCCCGUGGCCAGGUUUGGCCUGCUUACGAUGGGAGAGACACAUGCCGACUCCACCAGUGAUGUGCUGAGCCUUUGUGGCGAAACCGAAGUGGGUGUGCCCUCUACCUGAGCACAAGACUCGCGCAAUCUUACAAGCUUUUCGGGCCUUGAGCACGGCCAGUUUAAACAAGCAGGGUGAGGUUCCUGCCUGUGAUAUUGCACUUGCAACGCAGUCUGGCAUCAUAUCUUCCUUGCUACAUUUCUUCCGUGCGUGCCUGUGAGACGAAAAAGGCAGUCGUAAGGCAAUCGUACGCAUGAAAGUAGAAGGUGCCCUGUGCUCAGAACUGGGGAUGUUGUACUUGGCCCUGCACUUGCUUCUUUCAGCUCAGGCACAUCCUGUGGACAUGCAGACCCGCAAGAUCCGGGAAGGCUGAGCCAGUCUCACUAGCUGCAGUGCGGUUUUGUGGGCAAUGUGCAAACACGGCAUGUUCGCAGGCAUCACUA